GAUUGGUAAAAUUAAGAACAGUGCAUCGUUUUGGUCCUGGUGUUGCUGCAUCUUGUGUCUUCCCUUGGGCAUCAUUCCAGGCAUCAUCGCUUUCUUCUAUGUGAAGCGUCAGCCCAAGUGCAACCACUGCAGCUAUACAAUCUAGAUGCUAAAGAAUAAAUUUCACAAUAUAGUGGCUGGAACAACUCACAGAUAACUUGCACUUAGGAGACGACAGCGUUACCAUCCUUCCUGAGGCACUAUCAAGCGCAGGUUAUCCUAGAGUCUGAAUCUUGUUUAUUAUAUAUUACUGUAACUUGUUUUGCCAGUAUUCCAUGUGUGAGGUACUAAUACACAUCCAUGGUUGGCAAGUAAAAGUUGCCAUAUAAUGGCUAGAAUAAUUCAUAAAAUAAAACAAUUUAUGUUUUUUUAGGUCAUGUAUUAUCCCACACUUGAAAAUUCUCUUUGCUGGAAUUUUAUGAUUCCCUUCUGGGAUAAAAUGUAGGUUUUCAUUCUCAUUUAUAUAUAGUACUGCAUAACUAUUAUAACCAAUACAUAAUAAUUCUUCAUUGACAACAUUUUGCUCAGCAUUUUUUUACUCGAUCUCAGAUGUCGAAUUUUAUCUGAGAACUAAAACUAUUUUUCUUCUGCAUCACAUCAUCAAUUAAUACAAUAUCUCACAAUAAAAUGAAUCUAUAAAUCAA